GUUACCUUCAAUAACCCAGUGUGGUUUUAUCAACAUGUUGCUAAUCAUGCCUAUGCUGCUGAAGAAGAAAUUGUUACAGAUCAGAAGAAAGCUGUUUAUUGUCACUGGAAAGAUCGAAUGUUUGUUUGCCAGAACUGCCAGAAACAUUUUGCCAAUGAAAGGCUGCUACGAGAUCACAUGAGGGGACAUGUUUAUCACGUUACAUGUGCCCUUUGUGACAUGGUACGCACAAGUGUUUCCUCACUGAAAGCACACACCAGAUUCCGACACUGUAAUGAACGUCCUUUCCAUUGUCACCUCUGUGACAGCAGUUUUAAGAAUGCGUAUGAUCUGCAUAAACAUGUUGAAACACACAAUGAUUCAGAUGCCUACAGCUGUGAUGUUGAAGGAUGUGGUUUUAUUUCACGGACUUUACAAACUUUGAAACAGCAUUACAAGAGAGUACAUAUGAGUAAUGGCAUUCUGAAAUAUAAAUGCCACAUCUGUCAGAAAUGUUUCUCCUGGAGUUAUACAUUGACCCUACAUCUUCGAAAAGCUCAUAAACUCUGCAGUCAUUCUCGUUUCAGAUAUAAAGAAGAUGAUGAGGGUCAUAUGAGUUUGAAUGUAGCAGUGUAUAAUGACAUCAUGGGUUUAGGUCAGGCUCUCAAUAACAAGACAGGAACAAAUAAGCCUUCACCAAGUCAAAAUAGUUUUGGAAGAGAAGGAAGAGACUCAUGCGAAAGAGACACUUCAACAGUAGAAGUGCUUUUCAUGCAGCUUCAGCCAGGAUCACAAGCUACUCGAGAAAAUGUUUGGGUAGAAACAGAGACUUCUGUGUCAGAGCCUAUGUAUUCUGAACUUCAAACUGCUGUACAGCCAUUUGAAAGCUGUUGUACUUCUGAUGAAGUUGACGAAGCAGAAGGAAAAACUAGCAGAAAUGGAGCUGGGCUUGGGAAUUCAGAUAGCUUUCCAGAAAAACAGCCUUUUAAUGGAUUCUUACUGUGA